GUCAUUUUUAGGACCUUGUCGGCACUGAGACGAAAGGCAGAGCUCUGACCCUGACGAUGCAGUGUUGGGACAACCUAAUCAACACCCUGAGCUGUGUGCUAUUCCUGGUGGGAGUGAGCCACCUGGUGCGUCUGACCCAGGCCCCCUACGGACGCUACCUGGACUUGGGGCUGUCCUCCUCCUACUCCUCCAUGCCCAGGAUGGUGCCUGCUAGACUGGCCUGGUUCCUCCAGGAGCUCCCCUCUCUCCUGGUGCCACUGAUGAUGAUGACUACCACAGCCAACCACACGGAGUCCAGCCUGGGGACCAGCCUGCUACUGGGGACCUUUUGUCUGCACUACUUUCAGAGGACGUUUGUGUACUCGGUGCUGAUGCGAGGACGACCGUUUCCCCUCCAUGUCAUGAUAGAGGCGGGGGUGUUCUGCAGUCUGAACGGGUUCACACAGAGUCACUACCUGGUCCACUGUGCCCACUACCACCCCACAUGGACCUCUGACACACGCUUCCUCAUUGGUUCAACCCUGUUUCUCCUGGGCAUGGCUAUCAACGUCCACAGUGACUAUCUUCUACGAAACCUGAGACAGCCUGGAGAAGUCAUCUACAAGAUCCCUAAAGGGGGUCUGUUUCAGUAUGUGUCGGGGGCCAACUACUUUGGUGAAAUUGUGGAGUGGUUGGGCUACGCCAUCGCAACCUGGUCGCUGACUACCUUCUCCUUUGCCUUCUGCAGUCUGUGCUUUAUUGGGCGACGGGCAUUCCACCAUCACAGGUACUACCAUGAGAAAUUCCAUAACUACCCCAGGUCACGGAAAGCUCUGAUUCCAUUCAUCUUCUAAAGAACAGAUGAAGCUCCUGCAUUCCAACCCAAUCAAGCUCUUUAGAUCGGGCUUGCAUUCCAAAUAGCACCCUAUUCCCUAUAUGGUCCUCUGGUUAAAAGUCGUGCAGUACUUUAUUUAUGGAAUAAUGUGACAUUUGGGACAAAGUCCAGAUAUGAUCAGAUGACCUGCAUAUAGACAGUAGAGAUUUACCUAGAUAUCUACAUAUGGACAGUACAGAUUUACCUAGAUGACCUGCAUAUAGACAGUAGAAAUCAUAACCUAUGUCGUGUCUUUGGCAUCAUUAAAGUGAAGACUGUUAUUUUA